AUGCGCUCCGGCCCACGGCCCCCGCCUCCAGUCCCCGUCCUGGCCCUGGCUUUGACCUUGGCCGUGCUGUUGGACCCUGCAUCCACAGGGCUGUGGGUGCCCUGCACGCGUGGCCCGGGGCGCUGGGUCCGACUGCCUAGGGCGUGGCACUGCGCGCGGAUUGUGUCCCGGACUCGCAGCGCACCCUCACCAACGCCCUCCUUCUUUGGUGAGAACCACCUGGAGGUGCCUGUGGCCAUGGCCUUGACUGACAUAGACCUACAGCUGCAGUUCUCCACAUCCCAGCCCGAAGCCCUAUUACUCCUGGCCGCUGGCCCUACUGACCACCUCCUGCUGCAACUCCACUCUGGAUACCUGCAGGUCAGACUCGUCCUGGGCCAGGAGGAUCUGAGGCUGCAGACCCCAGCAGAGACACUGCUGAGCGACUCCGUCCCCCACACUGUGGUGCUCACCGUAACAGACGGCUGGGCCACAUUGUCAGUUGAUGGACACCUGAAUGCCACUGCCUCGGCCCCUGGGACUCCACUGGAGGUCCCCUAUGGGCUCUUUGUGGGGGGCACUGGGAGACUUGGCCUGCCCUAUCUGAAGGGAGCCAGCCGCCCGCUGAGGGGCUGCAUCCAUGAAGCCACACUCAAUGGCCGAAGCCUCCUUAGACCAUUGACCGAGGAUGUGCACGAGGGCUGUGCUGAAGAGUUUUCAGCAGGCGACGACGUGGCCCUGGGCUUCUCUGGGCCCCACUCGCUGGCUGCCUUCCCUGCCUGGGGCACUCGGGAUGAAGGUACCCUGGAGUUUACUCUCACAACAAGAAGCCAGCAGGCGCCCCUGGCCUUCCAGGCUGGGGGUCGACGUGGGGACUUCAUCUAUGUGGACAUAUUCGAUGGGCACCUGCGGGCCAUGGUGGAGAAGGGCCAGGGCACCGUCUUGCUCCACAACAGCGUGCCCGUGGCCGAUGAGCAGCCACAUGAGGUCAGCAUCCACAUCGAUGCCCACAGGCUGGAGCUGUCUGUGGACCAGUACCCGACACGCACAUCCAAUCGAGGGGCCCUCAGCUACCUGGAGCCGCACGGCAGUCUCCUUCUGGGGGGUCUGGAUGCUGAGGCCUCCCGUCACCUCCAGGAACACCGCCUAGGCCUGGCCCCUGGGGCUGCCAAUGCCUCUCUCCUGGGCUGCAUAGAAGACCUCAGCGUCAAUGGCCAGAGGUGGGGGCUCCGGGAUGCUUUGCUGACCCGUAACAUGGCAGCGGGCUGCAGGCUGGAGGAGGAGGAGUAUGAGGACGAUACCUACACUCAGUAUGAAGCCUUCUCCACACUGGCGCCUGGGCGUUGGCCGGCCAUAGAGCUGCCUGAGCCCUGCCUGCCAGAGCCCGGGCUGCCUCCAGUCUUUGCCAACUUCACCCAGUUGCUGACCAUCAGCCCCCUAGUGGUGGCUGAGGGCGGCACAGCCUGGCUAGAGUGGCGACACGUGCAGCCCACGCUGGACCUGAGCGAGGCCGAGCUGCGCAAGUCCCAGGUGCUGUUCAGCGUGAGCGGCGGGGCGAAGCACGGAGAGCUGGAGCUAGAUAUCCCGGGUGCGCAGGCCCGCAAGAUGUUCACGCUGCUGGACGUGGUCAACCGCAAGGCCCGCUUUGUCCAUGACGGCUCCGAGGACACCUCUGACCAGCUGGUGCUGGAGGUGACUGUGACGGCUCGGGGGCCGGUGCCCUCCUGCCUGCGCAGGGGCCAGACCUACAUCCUGCCCAUCCAGGUGCACCCGAUCAAUGACGCGCCCCGCGUCGUCUUCCCCCAUGGCAGCCUCAUGGUGAUCCUGGAGCACACGCAGAAGCCACUGGGGCCCGAGGUCUUCCAGGCCUACGACCCGGACUCGGCCUGCGAGGGUCUCACCUUCCAGCUUCUUGGCAACCCCGCUGGCCUCCCGGUGGAGCGCCGGGACCACCCCGGGCAGCCAGCCACCGAGUUCUCCUGCCGGGAGCUGGAGGCAGGCAGCCUCGUCUUUGUCCACCGAGGCGGCCCCGCGCAGGAGCUGACCUUCCGGGUCAGCGAUGGGCUGCAGGCCAGCCCCCCGGCCACCCUGAAGGUGGUGGCCGUCCGACCGACCAUCCAGAUCCGCCACAACACGGGCCUCCGCCUGGCUCAGGGCUCUGCCGCGCCCAUCUUGCCCGCCAACCUGUCGGUGGAGACAAAUGCGGUGGGGCAGGAGGUGAGCGUGCUGUUCCGAGUGACCACAGCCCUGCGCUUUGGGGAGCUGCAGAAGCAGGGGGCCGGCGGGGUGGAGGGGGCCGAGUGGUGGGCUGCGCAGGCCUUCCACCAGCGGGACGUGGAGCAGGGCCGCGUCAGGUACCUGAGCACUGACCCCAAGCACCGCGCCGAGGACACGGUGGAGAACCUGGCCCUGGAGGUGCAGGUGGGUCAGGAGACCCUGAGCAAUUUCUCCUUCCCAGUGACCAUCCAGCGAGCCACAGUGUGGCUGCUGCGGCUGGAGCCCCUGCACGCGCAGAACACCCGGCAGGAGGCCCUCACCACGGCCCACCUGGAGGCCACCCUGGAGGGCGCAGGCCCGGGCCCCACUUCCUUCCACUACGAGGUAGUUCAGGCCCCCAGGAAGGGGAAUCUCCAGCUCAAAGGCAAGAGGCUGUCAGACGGUCAGGGCUUCACCCAGGAUGACCUGCAGGCUGGCCAUGUGACCUAUGGGGCCACCACGCGGGCCUCGGAGGAGAUAGAAGACACCUUCCGCUUCCGCGUCACAGCCCCACCACACUUCUCCCCCCUCUACACCUUCCCCAUCCACAUCGGUGGGGACCCCGACGCCCCCGUCCUCACCAACGUCCUCCUCACAGUACCCGAGGGGGGCAAGGGCGUCAUCUCUGCUGACCACCUCUUCGUCAAGAGUCUCAACAGCGCGAGCUACCUCUACGAGGUCAUGGAGCGACCCCGUCACGGGAGGCUGGUGUGGCGAGAGGCACAAGACCAGACCUCCACGGUGAUGUCCUUCACCAACGAAGACCUGCUCCAUGGCCGCCUGGUCUACCAGCACGACGACUCCGAGACCACUGAAGAUGACAUCCCGUUUGUGGCUACCCGCCAGGGCGAGGGCAGCGGUGGCAUGGCCUGGGAGGAGGUCCGGGGCGUCUUCCGUGUGGCCAUCCAGCCCGUGAAUGACCACGCCCCAGUGCAGACAAUCAACCAUGUCUUCCACGUGGCCCGGGGUGGCCAGCGGCUACUGACGACAGACGAUGUGGCCUUUAGCGACUCAGACUCUGGCUUUGCUGAUGCUCAGCUGGUGUUGACCCGCAAGGACCUUCUCUUUGGCAGUAUUGUGGCUGUGGAUGAGCCCACGCGACCCAUCUACCGCUUUACCCAGGAGGACCUCAGGAAGCGGCGAGUCCUGUUCGUGCACUCAGGGGCUGACCGCGGCUGGAUCCAGCUGCAGGUGUCUGACGGCCAGCACCAGGCCACUGCCCUGCUCGAGGUGCAGGCCUCUGAGCCCUACCUCCGAGUAGCCAAUGGCUCCAGCCUCGUGGUCCCUCAGGGUGGCCAGGGCACCAUUGACACAGCUGUGCUCCACCUGGACACCAACCUGGACAUCCGCAGUGGGACUGAGGUCCACUACCGUGUCAUGUCCAGCCCACGCUGGGGACAGCUGCUCCGAGACAGCCAGCCAGCCACAACCUUCUCCCAGCAGGACCUGCGGGAUGGGGCCAUCCUGUACAGUCACAACGGCAGCCUCAACCCCCGUGACAGUCUCACCUUCUCUGUGGAGGCAGGGCCAGUGCACACAGAGGCCACCCUGCAAGUGACCAUUGCCCUAGAGGGGCCGCUGCCCCCACUGCGCCUGGUCCAGCACAAAAAGAUCUACGUCUUCCAAGGAGAAGCUGCUGAGAUCAGAAGGGAUGACCUGGAGGCAGCCCAGGAGACAGUGGCGCCCAGCGACAUUGUAUUCUCAGUGAAGACACCACCCCGUGCUGGUUACCUGGUGAUGGUGUCACACGGCGCCUCCUCCAUGGACCAGGCACCCAGCCUGGACCCUGUGCAGAGCUUCUCACAGGAGGCAGUGGACGCUGGCCAGGUCCUCUACCUGCAUUCACGCCUUGAGGCCUGGAACGAUGUCUUCUCCCUGGACGUGGCCUCGGGCCUGGGCACUCCCAUCGAGGGCAUCCGGGUAGAGCUGGAGGUGCUGCCGGCCACCAUCCCCCUGGAGGCACAGAACUUCAGUGUCCACGAGGGCGGCAUCCGCACCCUGGCCCCUCCGCUGCUCCGCAUCACGGGGCCCUAUUUCCCCACGCUGCCGGGCCUGGGCCUGCAGGUGCUGGAGCCACCCCAGCACGGGGCCCUGAGGAAGGAGGAAGACCCUCAAGACGGCACCCUCCAGGCCUUCUCCUGGAGAGAGGUGGAACAGCAGCUGAUCCGCUAUGUGCAUGAUGGGAGCGAGACACUGACAGACAGCUUUGUUCUGGUGGCCAACGCCUCCGAGAUGAACCGCCAGAGCCAUCCUGUGACCUUGACCGUCACUGUCCUGCCUGUCAAUGACCAGCCCCCUAUCCUCACCACAAACACUGGUCUGCAGAUAUGGGAGGGGGCCACUGCAUCCAUCCCCCCGGAGGCCCUGCAAGGAACAGACAGAGACACGGAGCCCAGGGACUUGGUCUACACCAUCAAGGACUCCAGCAAUGGACGGGUUGUGCUGCGGGCAGCUCCAGACACUGAGGUCCAGAGUUUUACCCAGGCCCAGCUAGACAGCGGGCUUGUGCUGUUCACACACAGAGGAGCCCUGGAUGGAGGCUUCCACUUCGACCUCUCGGAUGGUGAGCACAUGUCCCCUGGACACUUCUUCCGUGUGGUAGCCCGCAAGCCGCUGCUUUUGACCCUGGAGGGCAGCAGGACCCUGACCGUCUGCCCAGGAUCGGUCCAGCCCCUCAGCAGUCACAGUCUGAGAGCCAGCUCCAGCGAAGGCACAGACCCCCGCCACCUGCUCUACCAUGUGGUGCGGGGCCCGCAGCUGGGCCGACUGUUCCAUGCCCAGCACGGCAGCACAGCAGAGGCGCUGGUGAACUUCACACAGGCUGAGGUGUCCGAUGGGAAAGUUCUGUAUGAGCAUGAGAUGCCCCCUGAGCCCUUCUGGGAGACCCACGACACCCUGGAGCUGCUGCUGUCCUCGCCUCCUGCCCCCGAUGUGGCUGCCACCCUCACUGUCACCGUGUCCUUCGAGGCUGCCUGUCCUCAGCGCCCUAGCCGCCUCUGGAGGAACAAAGGUCUCUGGGUCCCUGAGGGCCAGCGGGCCGAGAUCACCGUGACCGCCCUGGAUGCCUCCAACCUCCUGGCCAGCGUCCCACCGUCCCAGCGCCCUCAGCAUGACGUGCUCUUUCAGGUCACACAGUUCCCCACCCGGGGCCAGCUGUGGGUGUCCAGGGAGCCCCUGCACGCCGGGCAGCCCCACUUCCUGCAGUCGGAGCUGGCCGCUGGGCAGCUUAUAUAUGCCCACGGUGGAGGGGGCCCCCAGCAGGACAGCUUCCGCUUCCGCGCCCGCCUGCAGGGCCCUGCGGGGGUCUCGGGGCCCCAGACCUCAGAGGCCUUCAUCAUCACGGUGCGGGAUGUCAACGAGCGGCCCCCACAGCUUCAGGCCUCGGGCCCGCUGCAGCUCACCCGGGGCUCCCGGGCCCCCGUCUCCCGCGCCCAGCUCAGUGUGGUGGACCCAGAUUCAGCUCCCGGGGAGAUUGAGUUCACAGUGCAGCGGGCACCCCACAAUGGCUUCCUGAGCCUGGCAGGGGGCGGCCCGGGGCCAGUGACCCGCUUCACGCAGGCCGACGUGGACGCGGGGCGGCUGGUCUUCACGGCCAACGGAAGCAGCGUGGCUGGCUCCUUCCAGCUGAGCGUGUCCGACGGGGCCAGCCCACCACUGUCCUUGACCCUGGCCGUGGACAUCUUGCCCUCCACCAUUGAGGUGCAGCAGCAGGCACCCCUGGAGGUGCCCCAAGCCUCGGGCCGGGCCCCGCUGAGCCGGCAGCAGCUCCAGGUGGUCUCUGACCGGGAGGAGCCGGACGUCUCCUACCGCCUCACUCGGGGCCCCCAGUUCGGGCACCUGUUAGUCAGGGGGCAGCCGACCACAGCUUUCAGCCAGCUCCAGGUAGACCAGGGCCAGGUGGUCUUUGCCUUCAAAAACUUCUCCUCCCCUCAUGACUGCUUCGGUGUCCUGGCCCUGGCCCGGGGGGCUAACACCUCAGCCAUGGUCAAUGUCACCGUGAGGCCACUGCUGCGCAUCUGGACGGGUGGUCCCUGGCCCCAGGGUGCCACUGUGCGCCUGGAACCUGCCAUCCUGGACGCAGGCGAGCUGGCCAACCUCACGGGCAGUGUGCCCCGCUUCCGCCUCUUACAGGGCCCCCAGCAUGGCCGAGUGGUCCGUGUACCACGGGCCCGGGUGGGGUCCAGGGAUGACCAGCCUGUGGAGCAGUUCACCCAGAAGGACAUUGAGGAGGGGCGGCUGGGGCUGGAGGUGGGCCGGCCCCCAGGUCCCACAGGCGACAGGCUCACUCUGGAGCUGUGGGCACAGGGGGUCCCACCUGCUGUUGUCUCCCUGGACUUCGCCACUGAGCCUUACAAUGCAGCGCGGCCCUACCACGUGGCCCUGCUCAGUCUCCCCGAGGCUGCUCGGACAGAAGCCGGGAAGCCAGAGAGUGGCACCCCGACGGGCAUGCCGGGCCUGGCAGCAUCCAGCGCCGUGCCCACCGUGGCCAGGGCAGGCUUCCUGGGCUUCCUGGAGGCCAACAUGUUCAGCGUCAUCAUCCCCGUGUGUCUCAUCCUCCUGCUCCUGGCCCUCAUCCUGCCCCUGCUCUUCUACCUCCGCAAACGCAACAAGACUGGCAAGCACAACGUACAGAUCCUGACAGCCAAGCCCCGCAAUGGCCUAGCUGGGGACACCGAGACCUUCCGCAAGGUAGAGCCAGGCCAGGCCAUCCCGCUGACCACAGUGCCUGAUCAGGGAGCCCUGCCAGGUAGCCAGCCUGACCCAGAGCUGCUGCAAUUCUGCCGGACACCAAACCCUGCCCUCAAAAAUGGCCAAUAUUGGGUGUGA